GAACAAACGGUGAACAAACGGCGAACAAACGGUGAACAAACGGCGAACAAACGGCGAACAAACGGUGAACAAACGGUGAACAAACGGCGAACAAACGGUGAACAAACGGCGAACAAACGGUGAACAAACGGCGAACAAACGGUGAACAAACGGCGAACAAACGGUGAACAAACGCCGAACAAACGGCUGAACUGCCAACGCUUAACCAGAGCAGCUCGCACAGAAAAUGCGAAGCGGGCACUCCCCGACGAAGUCAAUCGGCGAGGCAAUUCCCCAAGGUGAGGGGAGGCACAAUUUUGUUCCUUUGCUUUGCGCCGGUCCCUCCCCAGGUGUUAUUCACCCACUCCCCGCAGUUUGUCCCAACUUGUGAGAUUUGCCGGAUGGCUCGCAAACGGCCUUCCCUGCUAAUCCGUUGAAUUACAAUCGUGUGAGUGGAAAAAAAAAUAAUAAAAUAAAAAAAACGCACUCCAUGGCGUACCACUUAUUCAAAAGGCUACAGAAAGCCAGCACGUCCAAAGAGAGCAAACCGAAAAAUGAAAGCAGGACGGAGGACAUAGAGAGGUGGCUGAAGGAUAUUCACGACGUGGUGGAUAAGGACAUCGUGCAGGAUGAAAACAACGAAAGGCCCGAUGACGCCAUCCCCCUGAGUGACUACCUCUCCGUGGUUAACCAAGUAGUGAAGUACACCGAGAAUGUCAAAAGUGGGAGGAACUCCAAGGGGGAAAUAGUAGCUGUUAGGAGCGGCACGAAUGAAAGGAAGGAGCAGAGCGACAAAAUAAACGACGUGGAUUUGGAGGACGAGCACGUGGCCACGUCGCGCAUCAAAAACUUUUGCAAACUCAUGGGCGUUAUCACCGUCUUUGAGAGGUUGAGGAGCGGGCCCACCGCCGCCGCAAAUGCAAACGCAAAUGCCAGCGCCGCCCCAGAUAGGGAGGAAACCCGAAGGCGCAAAGCAGACCUGCUGGAGCAAAACGGCGUGUGGAGCCUGCUGGAGGAAAUCAUCCUGAACAGCGCGGAGUACCUGAACAAAAUUAUCUGCCUGGAUAAAGACAUGUUCCAAAAAAAAAAUGUAAAAAUUAAUUGCAACAAAUUGAAAAGGUAUGUAAAUUACCUGAACGUAUUGUUUGAGGGGGCCAACAAUGGUCAGCUGUUGUUCAGAAUUUUCCACUUCCAAUUGGAGAGCUCGACGUUUAUCAUUUACGAGUUGGUCCUCCUUUUGCAAAAGCUUUACAUUUAUGAUAAUGUUAAUUUUUAUUUUUAUGUGCAUCAUAAUGUUGCCUUUUCGAAUGAUGUCUCCUCCCCGUACUACUACAAUUUAUACGCCUUGAGGUGCUUCCAAAUUUUGUUCCACGAUGGAUAUGCGAAUAAUGCGGUACAUUCGCAGGGGAAGCAGAAAAUUGUCCAAAAAGUGUAUGAACAGUACAUGCGAAUUUUACACAAUUUGAGGAAGAGGAAGUUUUUUUACCCCCAUUUGAUUAGCUACCCCUUUAACUGCUCCGAAGCCAAGCUAUCAUAUAAAAGCAAAAAUGAACAUUAUUACAUUAACGAGAAGGACGAAUUUUGCUCUAUUAAAAGUGGCAAAAAAUUCGGGUCUGCAUUAUUCCUCCAUGAGGAAGACGCAGAAAUAAAAAGACGUUUAAAAAAGUUACACCAUGCAGAGAGGUGGGGUGAAUUCCAGGGGCAGUACGACUCGUGCUCGGCCUACUCAGCGUCCUCCGAUGAACAAAGCACAAGCGAUAAUGCGCUACAGGGGAAAGGGAGUAGAACGCUCAAGGAGAAGGGGCUUCCCAAGUCGGAUGGCGCGUCUUCCUCAGCUCGACUCCCGUCAUCUUGCAGCGCGGCACUUCACGAGGCCGCCAACGAAGGGAAGCAGAACGGCAGUAAUGGCAACAGUAAUGAAAACGGUAAUGCUAACAGCAAUGGCAACCGCAAUGACAACCGCAAUGACGACAGCGGGAAGGGGGGAACUCCAAAUGGAAACCCACCCCCGCACACGAGCACCGAUGAGGAUAAUUCGAACGAAGAAAGCUGCUCCUAUUUCAGCUCCGACAUUUCGAAUGACUUCAUAACGGUGAACGAAGAGAUGGAGGAGGAGAAAAAAAAAAAAAAAAAAAAAAUUCCAUUUUGCGAAGAAAAUAUAUGCCUUAUAAUGCACCGAGAGGGGAAGAUCCAAAAUGUGAGGAGCACAAUCGAUAAGCUAAUACUCAGCAAAAAUCAGUUCCUUUCCAAAUUGCUGGCCAUAAUAGACUCUAAUGAGGACGCCUAUCUUAUAAACGAAGUCAUUCUGCUACUCCUGUUGGUGGCCGAGUACAACGGGGAGGUUAGAAACAUCAUCACGUAUGAGAGGUUCAUCGAAACUGUGAUGAGGAUAAUUCAGGAUGAGCACGCCUACUUGUUUAGGCCAACUGGUGAGCUGUACUUUCUGUAUGAUGACUGCAGCGUGGUGGUGCCAAGCAGGAAAACGAGGAUUUCCCCCCGCGCGGCCGCCAACAGGGGGGGCCAAAAAGGGGAGGAAGUAAGCCGCACAGGAGUUCGCUCAAUCGAAGUUGGUGCAACCGCAACUGCCGCAACCGCAACUGCCGCAACCGCAACUGCCGCAACCGCAACUGCCGCAGCCGAAGUGGCACCCCCCCAGGGGGAGGGACCCCAAAGUGAACAACCCGAAAUGGAGAUUUACCUAGACAAUAUUACCAUCAACGUAGACCUGAAGAGCAGCCUGCUCCUCCUCAAGUGCCUCAUAAUCAGCAGCGAAUUUGGCCUCAAGUACGUCUACGAACUGAACAUUUUCGAGCAGUUCAUCAAGUUGGUGCUGAACAUGUAUAAUGUUAUCAUCUACAUUUGUAAAAAUGAUAUGAGGAAAUUUUUCCCUAAUUCGAUUUUUAUUCUGAACAUCUUUUUAGACGUUUUGGCUAGCUCAUGUAAAGUUGAUGGGGUGAAUAAUAGCUAUACAGGUUUGUCAUGUAAAAAGUUUUUGCACAUUUUGCAGAAGGAGAGAUUUUUCGAAAGUUCUUUUUUUUUUUUUUUUAAAUUUAUGUGCAUCUAUAUGGAGAAGUAUGCGAAAGGUGGUAGGCGAGCAGAUCAGCUUGGUCAUCACCGGAAUGAAAACUCUUCAAGUUGUGAAGCGGGUAGUGAGAACCUCAUGGCUGUGGAGUUCAGUCGAGUUGGCAAUGAGCCUUUACCGGGAGGCAGCAAUAGUGUCAGCCUCACUGCUACCGCAAGCGCCAACGUAAGCGCCAGCGCGAGCAGCGUCUUCCCUACCAGCGACAGUGGCGGAGGUCAGCUGGGAAGCAACCCGGUGGGCGCCAGUAUCGGAAGCAACUUCGCGGGGAGCAGUCAGACGGGCAGUGGACCAGCGGGAGGUCCCCACGCAGGUAGCAGUGCGCACAGCGAAAGUGAGCAAAUUAUGAGGACCUUCAAUAAUACCCACUUUGUUGGCAUCCUCAACAUGUGCUGUAAAUUUCUCUUCCAGGAUGAGAGUCUCUGCGUAGGGGUUCUACUCACCUCCUUCGCUGUUAGCACCUCUGGAGAGGAGUCAUCCCAGUGGGUGGACAAACAGGAUGAAGUGAACUCUUUCGUGGAGGCCUCGCUCAAGCAGAAGAACUACUUCCACCUAGAACAAGUGCUAACAUACUACAUGCAGAAUUUGAAGCAAAUUAGAUAUGCAGACUUGUUAUUGCUUAUGUUUCUGUACGAUCGAAAGAGGCUUUUUUGCAACGCCAUAUAUGAGUUUUUUUUACUCCUGGGGGGGAAGCACCCACAAGUGGGGAAGUACCUAGUGGAGGCCCUCCUCUCUCGGAGGACAAUCUUCAGCUACUGCGUGAUGCACACCGCGCGCCGCGCAUCGAAGAUGCUCCUCAAACUGAAGAGAGCCUUCCACAGGGGGAAGAAGUUGGAGAGCAAAUCGCUCAGUAAAAACAGCGACGAGCUAGCCAUUUUAGGAGUAAGCGCAAUUCCCCAAAAGGAAAAAUUCUUUUUAAAAUAUAUGAACCAGUCAGAAUUGCUGCUCAUGGUUUGUAACCUGGUCAGCGGCAAUAACCCUGCUGGUGAAUUUUUAAAGAGUGAGCAGCUAAACUUUGAGCAAAUGUUGUAUUACAGUACACUGCUUACGCGCCAUUACGACGGGGUGUGGAAAAGCCAUCUCCAGAAAGCGAACGAACGAUUCGGCGAAAGUGUCCUAACGUUUAGGAUAAACUCAAUUCUGUUUGGAAGGACUGUGAAGGGGGAGGUGGACUCGCUUAAGUUUUUACUACCCUUGUUGAGCAACAAAUGGGGGAGCAAAAAGAACAGCUGCCUGAUCUGCGUCUACAUAGCUGUGUACCUGUUCAAGUCGAAUGAAGAAAAGGAAAAAAAAAAAAUCGUAAAGAUGCUUAUGCAGAAUGAUCUCUUCAACGUCAUGUACAAUUGUUUAAAUCGUUUUUGUAGAUUCACAUUUGAUGAGAAAUUUUUUUUUUUUGUUUCUUUUGAAAAAUCGAAAGAUGCUCAGGAAAAUGUGAGAAGCAUUUCCCAUUUGAGGAGGCAGAAAUAUUUUUUCAAUUACUCCAGGGAGUUUUCCAUUUUCUGCAUCCACUUUGCCUACUCCAAUUUUGUUCACCACGGGAUGUUGACGUAUAUCUUCGAGCAGUCCAAGAGCUGUGCGUACCGGGGGGAAAACCCAGGCAGGAGACGAAGCGGUUACCCUGUUAAGAGUGGCUUCUCUCUGAAGAGGAGUCACUCCGGGGGGGACGCCGAAUGUGUGUUGAGUGAGUCGGAUGGUGGGGAAUCCUCCCAGGAUGAGCUGGACGGGCGAGGCAGCCAAUCGGACGACUGGAGUGAGGAUGACCGCCAUGUGGGUGCCCCUAACCGGAAGAGAUGUGAAGACUACUCACCCGAUGAGGACCACCACAGUAGUGCCUCAAGCAGAGAGGAAGCCACCCAUCAAACGAGAGUAAAAAACAAAUCGCACCAUUUUUACAGCACAGGAAAGGAAAAAAACGAACGAAGUGACCUCAAAAGUAAGGCGAUGAAGAUAAGGGGAGAAGGGAGAAGAGGAGGCAGAAAAAACGACACUCAAUCGGUGGCACACAUCAGUGAGGAAGUCAACCAACUUAGGGAAAAGCUAAACGAACAGGAAGUUACCCACUUGGAGGAAAAAAUCUACCUAAAUAAAAUCAUCGAAAAAAAAAAUGACAUCAUAAAUAACCUGCUUUAUUCCUACUCAGUGAUGAAGGAGAAGUACGAGCGGGUAGAAUCUGAACUGGUGCAGCUGAAAUCAGACGUAGGGUUGAAGGAGAAGGAGCAUCAAUUGGUUGCCACCAACGAUGUGGACGAACUGAAAGCACAACACAUUCGUGCGUUACGCGAUUGCGAACGGGUGGGUAGCGAAAAAAGAGAGUUAGAAAUGCAGUUUGAAAAGCUUACCGACUUGUUAAUUUUCCUUUACGAAAAUGUGGCUGCUUGUCGGCAGUACAUGCAGAACGUGGAGGAUAUAAACGUUUUUAAAAAUUCCAGGAUGGAUGCAAACCGAGGGGGAGACCCGCCCCAACCAAACUGUGCAGUGCACGAGGUGAAGGGCAGCGCAGACUCUUUCGCGCAGCCGAAUGAUCAGCUAAACAGGGGUGGAGACCAACUGGCGAAUGGCCAAGUGUGGGGGCAGCACAGCGGCGGCGUUUACGCGAAUUAUUAUAACCCCGCGCAGCAGCAGGGAGGCACGUACAGCCAUCCGCAGCAACAGAGCAGCACGUACAGCCAUCCGCAGCAACAGGGCAACCCGUACAGCCCCCCCCAGCAGCAGAGCAGCACGUACAGCUACUCCAACCAGCAAAUGGAUCCGAGCGGCGCGUACGGCUACCCCCCCGAACCGAUGCAGCAGGCGCGUAUGUAUGGCGACCCCAGCUCUCCGGCGGAGGGAAAUUCAAGUCAGCGGGUCUGCAGUGAAGUGUACCCCCCAGUUACGCAGCCCCCCCCCGAUCAGCAAUAUGAGCAGCAGUACGGGCAGUCAUACGGACAGUCUUACGGACAGUCUUACGAACAGGCCCCCCAGCAGAUGUACAACCAACUGUAUUUCCAAACCAACCCGCACGCGUACCCCCACGUGUACCCCCACAUGUACGUGGAGUCUAGUAGACAAAACGCAAGCGGGUCGAACGCCGAACUGAACGUUUCUGCCGGCGACCACGGGCCCAACUGCGAACAGGCGCAGGGGCAGCCAAAUGAGAAAAACUGUCCAGCUGAAUUUACGGGACAGUGA